AAGCAGAAGAAGUGCAGGGUAGAAGGAUAUAUUGAAACAAGUGCGAGCAAGUGGAAUAUUUCAAGUGAAGGUGAAAAAGAAUGAACCAUUUACAAGUUCUGAUUGCACUCACAACACUACUGUGUAGUGUAUUUGGUGCCAACGAAGAUGCCCAUUGGGUGUGGUCCAAGCGAGGCGACAGUGAGCACCGACCACGUCCUUUUCAUAAUGAAAUUUCAGCCAGAUAUCAGGGCAGUGCACUAAGGCGUAAUGCGCGCGCACGCGAUCGCGAACCGACUACUAGGCGCCCACUGCCGGGCCAACCACAGAACGACGAAAUCGACGACUAUCCAGAUGAAGAAGUAAAUACAAAUGUUGGCACACGCAAUUAUCCUUACCCGCCCUUCGGCAAUGGGCAGCAGUUUGGCAUAAACAACUACCCGAGUUUCGGCGGUAUUGGGGGCCCUGCUGGUGGCGGCAAUGGCAUUUUGGUUGGACCUGGUGGGCCAACGGGUAUAAUUGGCCGGCCUCAACCACAAUAUCCGGGUGCGUUUCCCUCAAACGGCUUUAUAGGUCAACCUGGAGUUGGAUUUCCAGCACAACCAGGCAUUUUCGGAGGCGCUAAUGCGGGAGGAAGUGGAUACUUAGGACCUGAAACUGGUCUAAAUCCUGGUUUUGGUGGACAAUUUGGCGGAGCGGGUCAAUUUGCAAGCGGGCAAUAUCCGGCUGGUGGUCAGUACCCAAUUGGCGGACAAUUUGGGCUAAACGGACAAUAUCCCGGAGCUUUUGCGGCAGGCGGUACACAAUAUCCUGGUGGUCAGGCCCAAGGCAACCAGUUUCCAGGCGCACAAUACCCCAGCGGUGGACCACAGUACACCGAAGGUUAUGGGUUUCCAGCCUAUAUCCAAUACUCAGGAGGAAGUCCCUUCGGCUAUGCCACCACUUUCAAUGACAAUGAAAACACAAAUCGAAAGCUAGAAGCGGAGGGGAAGAGUGCAGUCAGAGUGAAAAGUAGCAAACUAACCGAUCAAGUGGAUGACAAGAUCACCAAAGGUUUCACCAAAGUGCCGAAUUAGACGGAUUAUCUAUAGCUGUAAUGUAGUGUAAAUAUAUUUAAGUAGUUUUAACUUUUUAAGUAAGAAAUGUCACACUCACCUAUGGUAGUUAUAACGAUGAUCGAAUAAAAAAGUGAGCCAGCAAAGGUCCAUUGCGACUUUCGGACGUCCUCAUCACCAUCCCAA